AUGUCUCAAGGAAAGACCUUUACUCUCAACACCGGUGCCAAGAUCCCUCUUCUGGGUUACGGCACAUGGCAAGCCUCCCCUGGUGAGGUCGGCCAAGGUGUCUACGAGGCCCUUAAGGUUGGAUACCGCCACUUGGAUCUUGCCAAGGUUUACGGAAACCAGCCCGAGAUCGGCGAGGCCCUCAAGAAGUCUUUCGCCGAGAUCCCCGGCCUGAAGCGUGAGGACGUUUUCAUCACCUCCAAGCUUUGGAACUCCCAGCACGACCCCAAGGUCGUCGCGGCCGCUCUCGAUGACUGCCUUCAGGAGCUCGGCCUUGAGUACCUUGACCUCUACCUCGUCCACUUCCCCGUCUCUUUCAAGGGCAGCCAGAAGCACGUCGGCCAGGACCUCUUCCCCCUCACUGGCGGAAACGAGCCUGAUGGUGAUGUCGAGAUCGACGACAGCAUCUCCAUUGUUGACACAUGGAAGGCCAUGACCGAACUCCCCAAGUCCAAGGCCCGCGCCGUCGGUGUUUCCAACCACACCAAGGAGCACAUCGAGGCCCUCAUCAAGGGCACCGGCGUCACCCCUGCUGCCAACCAGAUCGAGCGCCACCCUCUCCUCAUCCAGCCUGAGCUCAUCGCUUACUGCAAGGAGAAGAACAUCCACGUCACCGCCUACUCCGCCUUUGGAAACAACAUGGUUGACGCUCCUCUCCUCUUCACCGUCCCCGAGGUCAAGGCCGUUUCCGAGCGUCUCACCAAGGAGAAGGGCACCGAGGUCACACCCACACAGGUCCUCCUUGCCUGGGCCCAGGUCGGCGGUCACAGUGUCAUCCCCAAGUCCGUGACCCCCAAGCGUAUCGCUCAGAACUUCCAGGAGAUCGACCUUUCCGAGGCCGACAUCAAGGAGGUCGAGGAGGUUGGCAAGCAGCAGCGCCGAUACAACGUUCCCUACGUCGCCAACAAGCCUCGAUGGAACGUCAACAUCUUUGGCGAUGAGACUGAGAAGCCUGCUACACACCAGGUCAUUGUUUAA